UGGGCGCUGGGCUGGGGUUCCUCGGCCAGUUGCCCCACCGUCCGCGGGCCUGCCGGCCACUGCCACGGGCAGGCCACUGGCCUUUUCUCGGCCCCAUUUCGGUCAAGUGCUGUGGCAUAUUCGUUCCUGGUGGUUGCUCCAUGGCUGCGCUAGAGCUAUGCAGCUUUAGUUCCUCAAUGAACCUGCCCCGGUUUGACGCACCCGCCUUCGCCCAGAAGAGAAAUGAUUGGCAAAAAUAGCAAAGGCAUUCCAGAGAUAUAGUCACUUGAGGCAGACCGUUGUCCCUCCGUACCAGGGGCAUCCAGCUGUGUCUCUCGAACUGACAGCCUGCAAUGGCUGGCCCCAGCAUCUGGACCAGCCUCAAGUCGGUCCUGAGAAAGAACAAUGACCCCUUGUUCCUGAACGACUGCAGUGCCUUUGAUUUUUCGGACGAGAUUGGUGAUGAAGACUUCCCCCGGUUCAAGAAGCUGCAAGUUGUGGUUUCGGAAGAUGCUGCUGACACCUCAGCCAACGGGGCCUAUGUGGGACCCCACUCUGAUGAUGAGUCCUUGCUGGACAGGGACAUUGUAUUGCGGAAUGCUGUGGCUGGACCCCCUCCAGACCCUUGUAACAAUUGUACCCAGCAAAGGGAACUGUUAAAGCAAAGGAAGGUGAAGAGGCGCCUGGCCUUGGCUGCAGUCCUGUACCUUCUCUUUAUGACAGGCGAACUUGUAGGUGGAUAUGUUGCCAACAGUCUAGCAAUCAUGACGGAUGCACUUCACAUGUUAACUGAUCUCAGCAGCAUUAUUUUGACUCUUCUUGCUUUGUGGCUCUCUGCAAAAGCACCCACAAAAAAGUUCACCUUUGGAUUCCAUCGAUUAGAGGUUUUGUCUGCCAUCUUCAGUGUAUUGUUGAUUUACAUCCUGAUGGUUUUCCUCUUAUAUGAAGCUGUUCAGCGAACUAUCCACAUGGACUAUGAAAUUAACGGGGAUGUGAUGCUUAUUACUGCAGCUAUUGGUGUAGCAGUAAACCUCAUAAUGGGCUUUCUGCUGAACCAGUCAGGUCACCUUCACUCCCAUUCGCAUACACCUUCAUCUGUUCCUCCGUCCAGCUCUUCCUCUCCAGCCUCUGGGCACGCUCAUAGUCACGGCCAUGGCAGCUUGGCUGUGAGAGCUGCAUUCGUCCAUGCCCUGGGAGACUUGGUGCAAAGUAUUGGCGUGCUCGUAGCUGCAUACAUCAUUCGAUUUAAGCCAGAAUACAAGAUUGCUGAUCCUAUAUGUACAUAUGUAUUUUCAAUUCUUGUGGCUUUCACCACAUUUCGGAUCAUAUGGGACACUGGAAUAAUUGUACUUGAAGGAGUUCCAAGACAUCUGAAUGUGGACCUUAUUAAGGAAGAGUUGAUGAAAAUUGAAGACGUAUUUUCAGUGGAAAACCUGAAUGUCUGGUCUCUAACUUCAGGAAAAACAAUUGCCAUUGUCCACCUACAAUUAGUUCCUGGUAGUUCACCAAAGUGGGAGGAAGUCCAGUCCAAGGCGAGACAAUUGCUGCUGAAUACUUUUGGCAUCUAUCAGUGCUCCAUCCAGCUUCAAAGCUACAGGCGAGAAGAGAACAAGCCGUGUGCAAAUUGUCAGAGUGCCUAAUUUUUCCACAGUUUGGGGAGACUUGCUGCCUUAUCCUUUUUAUCUUGCAGCCAAAACGCCACAAAGCAAUAAACAUAUCAAUGGAAUGGAGUCCUUUUAGCUCCGACACAGUGUCUGCAUUUGGUGCAGUAUCAGAGAUCGGAGCCAUUGGAGAUGUUCAGCAUGGCCCUUUUCAUGAAGACAAACUUUUGCUCUUCUAUCACUGUUAAUUUCUAUUAGGGUGUUUUUGCCAAUAUAUUUCCAAGAAGUUGUUUACAGAUCACUUGAUGGUCGAGCAGGUUCCUCGCUGAGCACGCUUCCACAUUGCCAUUUGUUAACUGUCCUUACUGACACUCCAGAAGGAGCAUCAGGAAAUUUAUCUACUUGAGUUUUAAAAAGAGUUGAAAAAAAGAUGAUCAUGUUCCCAAUUUGUAAAGUUAAUGAUCCCUGGAUUGGUUACAUAGUAUUCCCCCUUCCCUUUUACAGGUUUUUAAUUCCUUAUCUACAAAAAAUGCUGCAGGGAUAACAGAACUUUUUUAUAAGUUGUCUCUUAAUACAAACUUGAAGCUGUAUUGGCUUUUACAUGUAACCAGUUUUGGGACAUUUAGCUUUAAACAGUACUCCGUGGUAGAAGGAUUUUAUCCAGGAUGAGCCACCACUUGUUUAACUGAAGACUUUGGGGCUGGACCCACCAUGUUUGAAAAGACUGAUCGACUUUCAUAUCCUUUGACAUAGGUCCUGUAUUGUAGAAGAGUAUAUUUAAUUUCUUCAAGUCUGUGUGAUUGACUUUGAAAGCAUUCUUAUUGGUCCUCCUGAGUAUCUAAAGUAACGUUUCACCUGCUUCAAAAGGCUAUUUGAUUAACCUGAAUCUUAACUUUAGUAAAUAAAUGUGCUGUAGAAACUUCUUUGUGAUUGAUUUGCUUUGCUGAAAAAGAAAGGCCUUAUAGAAAACUCAAAAAAAUCAAAUCAGUAGACAUAAGGGUAGAUAUUGAUGAAAAAAGAAAACAAAGAUUUGCAAAUCCCAGAGCUUAAAAUGGUGAGAAUCUGGUUUCAUCUUUGCACAUCUUUCGGAUAAAUAUAUGGCUUUUUCACGAUGUCCCAGUGAAAUAUUCAUGGUUUAUGAAAUAUACUGCCUUUUAGUCAAACAGGAGAGCUUUGUUGUUGGUAUAGUUCUUGUUCUUUUAGCAGUUUAAAACUAAAACCAGCCUUUCUAAUCUGUGCUGCAUCACAGGCACAAAACUUCUUGGUGGGCUUUUCUGAAUUGUGACCAUGGCAGAAGGAAAACCGGGACAAGGUGAAACUAGCGUUACAUGAGAUCUUGUUGUCAGUUCCUAGACGUGUUGUUUUCCCAGUGUUUGAACACUUGAUGGCAGUUGGGGCUGAUAGAAUAUGAAAUCGAAAGCAUCUAGAAAGGACACAACUUUGAUGUGGGUAAAUGCCAUCACAAAUUAUAUUAAAAAGUAGAUUUAGGCCACAGUUUCUUUGCCUUCGUAUCAUUUUGUUUGUUCUAAAGAACUUGAAACCAACAUUAUUAUUUUGAUGUUACAUAGCAAAAUCUGUGGCUGAGACUGGAUGCUUUAGACUUUGGCUCUGAAAUCUGAGGCAACCAACUGUAAAAAUACACAUUUUUAUAAAUUGCUGCAAAUAGAGACCUGAAAAAAAGGAACUCAGUUUGAGCAUGAUUGAAGUAAAAAUUAAUAUUAUCAACUGCCACCAUAUUUGGACUGAUAGUUGGAAUAUGGUAUAGUGGAAAAUCAACAUCUAGUUUCUUCAUUAAGUGACCUAGUAGUUCUUACGAACAAUAGUUAUCUUCUGAUGAAGACAGAUUCUUUUUAGUGGAUAAUUCCAUGAAAUUUGAUAGUUAUUUAGAAUAUAUUACUAUGAAGAAGGAGUCAUAUAUUUCAGGCAAAGAUUAUAAUAAUUUUAAGACCAUCUGGCCGAUGAAUGAACCUGCACAAAGUUAGUACUGUACCUUGAUUAAACUAUUUUAAAGUUCGCUUAUUGGUUUUCUGAUGUUGCAUGUAAUUGGAGGUUUCAUUAUGUCUACUGAUCCCAAGACAAACUGUGUGUGUGUGUGUGUGUGUGAGAGAGAGAGAGAGAGAGAAUUAUGUAUACAUACAUGUCAUACAUACACACGCAUGUAAAAACAAAAUAGAAAUCUGGCAGUAGAGAAAUGUAUGUCUCAGUCCGAGGCCAAUGGUAAAAACCUGGGUUUUGCCACGUUGUGAUGUAACACAAAGCCAUAUCACACUUGUUUUUUUUUUAAAAGUAUACCUGUCUAUAAGACCUUUCUCAAAGUCAGAUAUUUCUGCACACACAAAAUAUUCAUAGCGGGAUAUUUCAAUGAAGCUAUGGUUUACCGUGCCCAUCUGUUAGAAACUGGGGUUUUGUUAGAUCUGUACUGUACUUUGGAGGUUGUUUUAAACUGUAAUUCUAUAAUAUACAUUUGUUUAAUGAAACCAAUCUGUUGCAUUACUGUGGAUUUAUUACGUUGGUUAUUAAACUGUCCAUAUAC